CCAGACAAAGAUCAUAGAGAACUCAACAAUGGUCGCGAAGGAUUAUGUGAACGGCGAAUACGACAACGAGCAAGGGUUCGAUCCAAUGGACAUGGUUCGCUUCUGCUACCUUCACAUCCGGCUUUACACGGAGCACGUGAACGAAGAUCCACGGACCAUGAAGAUGCUGUUUUUGUCGGGUUAUGGCGAGACGCUUCCUAGGCCAACCGUGUGGACAAGCCUCUGGAACAUUCAACAAGAUAACUGCCGCCUUACGCAAAUACUUUGCCGAGAAAGGAUGGCAAGCCGAGGGCACAAAAUUCUAUUUGUGGGUCCCUACGUCUCUCACUCCGGAUGAACUGCUCGCCGAAGAUCAAAAGCUCGCCGGCCACUGUCUUGGGGUCAUGGAGUCGUUUGAGCUCGGCGGCGGCACGUCGGGUUCCGACGUACCUGGACACAAGUCAGCCUUCCCAGAUGGACUCAUCGCCGCGCUCGGCCUCUUCAUCUUGCCAGAGGACUACUCGAGAUACCCGAGGCUCACGAGGCUCCAGGGGCGGAAGCACCAACCGGUAGUCGGGCCCACGAAUCUCUCUAACUCCGCGGUUGCGCCACCACCAACGGGUGUCGCCGCGCCGCCGCCGGCCUUGCAAGUUAGUGCGGGAUAGGCUGUCGCAGAAAGGGAGAUCUAGUAGCAUUAUCCGAUACGCGCGGGAGCUGCAGGCGGAUUUGUGCGCUGCGGGGAGGAGCGGACGCGCAGAGGAAGGGCUGGCGAACGAAGAAUAGCGCGCAAUUAGUCGUAACGCCUCUUAUAGGGCCUAGGUGCGCUUUGAAGAAGCCGGCGACGUACGACGAGAUGAACGAAAAGGACGGUGCAGGCGGAGACGAUGUGACGAAAGAUGAGCCGGGCGAAGACAAUGUGUAAGUUGGCGAAAGGGGAUGUUGACACAGCUCUAGCGAGAGGAAAUGCCAGAAGUAAGGUCGAAGGUCGCAGUGAGAGGCUCGCAUAUAUCUAAACUUUGCUCCUCUGAGGAUACCGAAACGCUGAUUUAGCUGCAAAGAUACGUCGGUACGGUAGUGCAUGCGUACUCAGCGACGGAGUUGAAUGUCGUGCGCGGUAUCGACGAGCUCUUCGGUCGGCCGGCGUAUAAGUUUGUUUGCUGGGCGAGAGCACGCAGCGGACAAGUUCGGAGUUUGCCGUGAAAGUAAACUAGAAGAGGCCAACAACAUUGGACGAGUCGGCAAUGAUGAUACCGUACGUCGAUGCGCUGCCUGCGGUGGACUUGAGGCCACUAAUUUGCGAGUGAAAUGAGCGGAGAACUGGUUGCAUGUUAAAGUUGUGGCUGUAUGCGUAGUUGACUGUGCGGGAAGCUUGUGUAUGUCGAGAUGGUUAUAGCUGCACCCGGGCACAGCCGAGAGCUGGACCUGCGAAUAUGUGCCAUA